ACAUAUUGUUACAGCAUGAUGUUUGUUUGGUUACCGCUGACGUUGUUAUCUCAAAUUUCCAUCUAUACUGUACAAUCAGCACCAGCAGCAUUUGCACCAGCACCCGCACCCUCACCAGCACUCCCCGCAUAUGAAAUUGUGAAGCCUGGUUGUAUUCCCACCUGCGGUGACCUUGUGGUUCCCUACCCCUUCGGCACAUCCCAAGGGUGCUAUCUCGAAAAUGAGUUCAGUUCUUUCCUUAUUAACUGCAGUGACAGCACCCCUCACCUUGGCAAAGGUUCUAUACCUGUACGCAACAUAUCGCUUAUUGAUCAGCAUAUUCACAUAUCAACACGUGCAGCUCGCAUCUGUUACAAUGAUAUAGCAACACAAGUCACAUACGAAGAUCCUUAUUUUCUUGGAUUAUCAAAAUUUCAAGUCAACCAUACUAAUAAGUUCACUGUCAUUGGAUGUUCUACUUUAGCACUCAUCACAGGUUCUCGGGUUCAAAACUACACGACUGGAUGUGCCUCGGUAUGUGAUGGUGUUCCGAGUGUGGUAAAUGGAUCAUGCUCCGGUAUUGGGUGUUGCCAGACUUCACUGCCAAAAGGUGCCAGGGACUUUGAAGUGGAAUUUCGAGUUUUCAAUAACUCAGUAUUAGCAGACAUACCAUGUAGCUCAGCUUUUGUUGCUGAAGAUGGCUUCUACAACUUUUCUUCUUCGGACUUGAUCACAAUUGAGGAAAGGUUAUUUCCUGUUAUGCUUGAUUGGUCUGUCGGAACUGAAACUUGUGCUAUAGCAAAGAAAAAUAAAACAAGUUAUGCAUGUGUGGCACCAGAUAGCACUUGCACUGAUUCAGUCUAUGGUGAGGGCACAGGUUACCAGUGUCGUUGUCCAUCUGGUUACGAAGGAAACCCUUACUUAAGCAAUGGUUGCAUAGAUGUUGACGAAUGUGCAACUUCAAAUCCUUGUCAUUCUCCUGCAACAUGUCUGAACCAACCGCCUGAAAGCGUCCAAUGUGAAUGUCCACACGGUUAUAACCUUACAGCUGACGAAAAAGGUUGUGAAAUAAUUGGUCAUGCCGGUGGAUCUGGCACAGCUGGAUCUAGUAGGUCAGUAUUCUUGCCUUCUUCAAUACAUCACAUUUAGUUCGAGAUGACUGCAAACAUUUGAGCAAAACAUCCUGAACAAACAUAAUCUUGUUGUAAAUGAUCCCCUUUUGUGAGGAUACAGAGUACUGUGUUGUAAAUGAUCUAGUAAUUUGUCUAACCUUUUUGAUAAUACUUAAAUAUUGCGAGAAAAAGCAUCCAGUCGUAAGUGGUGAUGGUUAUAAUAACAGGUGUGAGCACAAGCCUGUUUGUUUUAGCUGUGGGAAGUGCUUGGAUAUUUUGGUUGCUGGCAAAAAGAAAGCAUAUCAAACAGAAAGAAAGUUUUUCGCACAAAAUGGUGGAUUUAUGCUAAGAGAAGAGCUAUCCAAAGACAAUGACUUGGCCAAAGCAACUAGACUUUUUACUGAAGAAGAUCUCAAAAAGGCCACGAGGAACUAUGAUGAAACCGGAAUCAUUGGCCAAGGGGGUUAUGGAACAGUUUUUAAGGGACUAUUACCUAAUAAUAUAGCAGUUGCCAUCAAGAAGUCCAAACCAAGCGAACAAAGCCAGACAUCACAAUUCAUCAACGAAGUAAUCAUUCUUUCCAGGAUUAACCACAUCAACGUAGUAAAGCUAAUAGGUUGUUGUCUGGAGACAGAAGUCCCCUUGCUAGUUUACGAGUUUAUCACGAAUGGAACCCUCUCCGACCAUAUUCAUGAUAAAGACAGCAGCACCUAUUUUUCAUGGGAAUUAUGCCUACAAAUAGCUGCAGAAAUUGCAGGAGCAGUUGCUUACUUGCAUUCUGCUGCUUCUCCGCCAAUCAUUCAUCGAGAUAUUAAAAGCGCCAACAUACUACUUGAUGAGAAUUUCGUUGCAAAAGUGGCAGAUUUUGGGGCCUCAAAACUAGUGCCUCGUGAUCACGCUGAAAUAGGUACUUUAGUGCAAGGGACUUUCGGAUAUAUGGAUCCAGAGUACUUCUUUUCAAGUGCAUUGACGGAGAAGAGUGAUGUGUAUAGUUUUGGAGUGGUUUUAGCGGAGCUUCUUACAGGAGAGCGUGCAAUAUCCUUCGACAGGCCAGAAAAAGAUAGGAGUCUAGCAAUGUACUUUAUAUCUUCGAUGAGGACUGGCAAUGGAAUGCCUAGCAUCAUUCAGAAAAGUCUAGCUAAUGACGAGAAGAACAUUCAGCAGAUCAAACAAGUAUCCAUGCUGGCAGCAAGGUGUUUACAAGUGACGGGAGACAAAAGGCCUAGUAUGAAGGAAGUCGCGAUGGAGCUAGAGGGUUUGAAAGCAAUGGUGGAGCAACCAUGGGUGGAUCAAGGCUCGACUACUGAUCAUACUGAGACUGAGUACCUGCUCAACCAGAGCGUGCUUUCAGACGCUAUGGGAAGCACUGGUCUUGGUUAUAGUUCUAUAGUUGGAUUCGAUAACACUAGUAUUCAGAUGACAGGGAAAGUUCAAUUUAGGUGAUCAACCACUGCGCGGUUAUAAAUCGACACCACUGCGUGCUCCUCCAUGUUGUGUUGGCAACUUCAAACUUCUAAAUACACAUGCACGAUCAUAAUUAUGAAUUAAUAA